AUGAAACCCCUCACCUACCUCUAUCUCCUCCUUGGCAUCUCUGCAACCACUACCCUCGCCGCUCUCGGCCCGGAUGCAACCCCCGACGAGGUCGCCGCGGCAGAAGCUGAGUGCGGGUCUCUAGGCGUGAUGAGGAUCGACCCAGCAGAGCUGCCCGAGGGCGUUACCAUGGCCGACGUCCGCAUGUGCGCCGACCAUCCGCGCGGCCCCGGGGCAUACCUGGGUGCGGGCCCAGGUGCUCUGGCCAGGUUCCGUCGGUUCUUACCGAGUUGGGUAUUUUAA